GCCCCCUCAAAAACCACCUCUGCCACUGAAGAGUUUUAAUGUAUUGGGUUUUUAGGAAACAGAAUGAAUACAACUCAGUGGUUUCGUUCAGUCUAUGAGUAUAGAACUCUGCCUGCUAUUUACACCUCUGUGUUCAUCAUUGGUCUUGGAGCUAAUGUAUGGGGACUAAAGUCUGUGCUUCAGAAAUGGAAAAUUCUUGGACACAUUAAUGUGUUUCUUCUGAACCUUGGAAUUGCCAAUUUUUUGUUCCUGCCAACACUCCCAUUUUUGUCAGCGUACUACUUUAUGAAGAGUAAAUGGAUAUUUGGAAAUGCCUUCUGCAAGAUCACAAGAUUCUGCUUCAACUUGAAUUUAUACGGCAGCAUUGGAUUCCUCACCUGUAUAAGUGUGUACAGGUACCUGGCUAUUGUCCAUCCAAUGAAAGUGAUGGGAAGAAUAACUGUGACUCACUCUGUGGCUAUCUCAGUCAUGGUUUGGCUGUUGGUGAGUGUUCAAAGUUUUCCAGAUAUGUUCUUCCCCAAAAACGAACCAAAUAGAACUGAAAAAUGCUACCAUACCACCUCUAAAGAGUAUGUGGAGGAUUACCUGAAAUACAGUGUGGGCUGGACAUUCACUGGGUUUGUUAUCCCACUCCUUAUCUUACUUGGCUGCUAUGGACAUGUGACUCUUGUUCUCUGCCGCAUUAAUACCAUUGAUAAGGUGGUGAAACAAAGAAGCUUAAAGUUGAUGUUCAUUUUGAUUUUGCUCUUCUCGGUCUGUUACAUCCCCUAUCAUAUUUUUAAGAACCUCAGCCUUUAUUCAAGAGUACUUUAUUCAACCAACAAGAAGUAUCCAUCAUGGGAUAAGACAGUCUUCUGUGCUCAUCAGAUCAGUCGUGGUCUUGUGUGUCUGAAUAGUGUUUUGAACCCCCUGGUUUACCUCCAUGUCAUGGAUAUUCCUGCUCAAAUCAGACAGAUGCUUCAGCAUUUUCGUCAGAUCUUUGUGUCAGAGUUCAGCAGUGUACCAGUGGCACAAAAUGCAGAUGUUUAACAGGAGUUUAACACGAAUGAUUCACAUGAGUUUGUUUAUUAUACUGUGCUUCAUCCAGUUAAUUAUUGUUCUCUUUUCCUGCAACAACAGUUUGGGCACAAGUUACUAUAUAAAUAUAUAUAAAUACUUUUAUCUCUUUUUGUUCUGUUGUCUUGUAUAUUGUGAAUAACUGAAAGCCAGUGGAACACAUUUUCUCUUUUGGUUUAAAACACAUUGUCUUUAUUUUGUAUGCAUGAUUGUAAUUGCUCUGAAUAAGCCUCACUCAUUUUGACGGAGUCAGUAUCAACAACCAGUUGCUAAUGAUAUUAUUUUUCUAAAGUAAAUGUAAUUUAGUCUUUGAAAUUUGUAUUAUUUAAACACCUUACACUGAGAACUUUUACUUUAAGAAUAGAUCAGGAGAGAACACUGGCAUACUACUAAAAUUGGUUUCAUAUUUACUGUAUUUUUAAUUGCUGAUCACAGGCCGCUUCUGUGCUUUUAUCAAAUGUUUUUUAUAGCUGUUGCUGAGUGCGUGCGGUACAAGCCACAGAAAAGCAGCAGUCAUUGCACAACUGUGACACUGACACCUUCAAAAACUGACUGCAUUGUACAUUACAUUGUUUUUCAUUCUUUAAACACUGCAUUCUUUUCAUUAUGUGUUGGAAUUAGUGGUCACAUAUCUGUGUUUAGAACAUGUUAAACAUGUUCAAAAUAAAUGGAUAAUUUAGAUAAACCUGCACUUGUUAUGCCCUGUUGUGUUGGAGUAAUGAAAUGAUUGUUACUGUCAGGGUGGGGGAACGUAAUGCUCUGCGGGGUUUCUGUCCGUUUGAUUUUAACACUUCAAAGCAAGCGUGGCAUCAUGAAAAUUUUAAUCCCUUUCUUUACAUUUACAUUUGUGUGAUUAGUAAUCCUCCUCACAAUGCUUGCUGUCAUUACAGAUGAUGUAGCGACUGCUGAUAUAGAUACAUUUAUUGUACUUUUGUGGGUGUUUGGGUGUGACAAACCCACAGACCAAUAGUUAGUUCCACUUGUAAUAAUAAUGCACAGCACAGUUUUAAGAAGAACUCUAACAGGCAGUUUUGCUUAAUCCCUAAUUACUAGUUUGGUUAACCAUGAACAUGGUACUCUAUUGCAUAUUUGCUCUGGCAAGACAUAAAAAAAAGUGUUGAAAAGCAUGAAAGUGUUUGAACUUUUGAAAUUACAACCCAGAAAGGUAUAGAAGAGCGAUGUUUCCAUCAAAUAACGGGCUCUUUUAACUUCCCCAUUUCUUACUUUUAUCAGCUAAGCAUGCAGGCUUUAACACUUUAAAAAGGGAAAUUGCUUCAUUGCUGCCUGCAGCAUGAAAACAUGCAGAGCUUUCUGCUUGUUUGUGUGCAGCAACAAAUGGCCUUGAUCAAGGCCACAAGCCAAAACGCGUUGGUUACUUAAUAAAGUUGUUCCCUGUUACUUUAGGUGUGGCUGGAGUCUUCACAUCAUCAGAUUGUUUGUGUGCAGCACAUGAAAAAAUGGCAACAUGUAUGCACUGCAAA